AUGUCCCAUCACUUUCCUAGAUGGGUCUGUCAUGGAGAAGAUCCUCUAGAGGCGAAGCUUGCGCAUGCGAAAUAUGCAGAGAGCUUGGUUGACUAUAUGGGUGAAAUGGUCAUAUCACAGUCUUUAUCCGAAUGCAAUAGUACUUCAAUAUCCAUGCCUUGUUUUCCUACAACUUUGAGAUCACAUAGUCUCCCUUCUGGUUUGAAUGAAGUUUCAGUCGGACCUGUUGCUUCUUGUGACCAGAAUGACUUGAUGUGGGUACAGCCUGGAGAUAUAAAUGGUUUGAAGGGGCAGCUGGUAAAGUUGCUUGAACUGUCAGGAGGAUGUCUGUCUCUUACUCGUGUACAUGCUGAGUACCAGAAAAUUUUUGGGAGGCCUCUUUACAUUUCAGAAUACGGGGAAGUCAAACUUGUGAAUCUUCUCAAGAAAGUGACGCCCUGGUUUUGGUAA